AAAAAAUUUAAAAGUAAACAACGUCUAUAUACUAUCGUUCGUUUUAAACGUGUUAUUUCGGUAAAUGAUUUUUAGUUAUUUUCUAAAAAAUGGAUAUCUCUGAUGAUGACAAAACAGCCUGCAUUGAGAUCCUUAAGAAAAUAGGCAGAAACGUUGAGAGGAUUAACGAUGAUGUCAUAGUUUUAUUGAAGAGGUUCACUAACGAGAAGUUCUCCAUGAAAGGAGGCCAUCCAUUGUUAUCAUUGAAAAUCCAGUUAAUGCUAAACUACAUGUUGAGUAUGUAUAACAUGAUGAGAGAGAAAGUGAGAGGUCGCAGUAUAUCUGAGUCCGAAGACGUCUGGAGGAUGAUCGAGAUUAGGACGGUUUUAGAAAAGUUGAGACCCAUAGAACAUAAGAUGAAAUUCGAAAUUGAAAGAAAAACACAGUCAGCUCUGGCUGGCUUAGAUCCAAGUGAUCCUUUAAGGUUGAAACCAGGUCUAUCUAAUCUCGAUAGUAAUCAGGCAGAUGAUGAUGAUGAGGACGGAAUCUCCAAGAAUGACAGAAAGAAUAAAAAAAGAAAUAAUGACGACGGUGAUGGUAAUGAUGGCGACGAUGGUGAGAAUGAUGAUGAAGAUGAGGAUGAUGAUGAUGGGGAUGGUUUUUCUAAACCGCAAAUCUAUCAACCUCCAAAGUUAAGACCCGUGUUUUACGAUGGGGACGAGACCGCUCAAUCCAAAAGGGAAAAAAUGAUGGAAAAAGCGAAAAAGGUUGCAACCAAGAGUAGGCUGCUGAAUGAGUUGAGGAAUGAAUUUUCUGAUCAACCCGAAGAAAUCAUCGAUGGUUUUGGAGGAAAAAGGAUUUCUGAUAGACUGAAUGAAAAAGAAAAGACAGAAUACGAAGAGAACUAUUUCAUAAGAAUGCAAAUGACGAAGAAGGAAAAGAUGGCCAAAAAGCGGAUGCAGUCGUUGAUGACGUCAGUGGGUGGGCUGUGGAAUGCCGGAAGAUACUCGGACAUAUCCAUGCUGGCUGGGGACGGUGCUGGAGGGGGUGGCAGGGACAAAAAGUCCAAAGGCAAGAAGCGAUCAAGAAGUCAGGGUAAGGCGGGGAAGAAGAAAAGACGAAUUAAAUUUCACUAAAUAAUAAUUGUGUGUAUGUAUGUAUGUAUGUAUGUGUUUGUUGGCUUGCUUGCUUGUGUGUGUGUGUGUUUGUGUUUGUAUGUGGGUAACAUUUGAGAUGGUUUAAAAUCAUUGUUUAAUUACUCCAUUGUUAUUUUUGAUUUUAAUGUGAAAGAAACUCUGUACAGUCGA